AUGGCUGCCUCUGAUGGUUUCAUCCCUAAGGAGAUCAUCGCGAUACCCCCGAAUGAUAUUAAAUCUGUCAAGAAGCGCAUUCUUGUGACGGGGGGAGGUGGGUUCAUCGGAUCUCAUAUGGUCGACUUCUUGAUGCAACUUGGCCACGAAGUGAUAUGCAUGGACAACUUCUUUUGUGGAGACAAGGCUAACAUCGCUCGAUGGUUAUCCAACCCAAGGUUCGAGCUCAUCAGGCACGACGUCACCCAAGAGAUACUCCUAGAGGUCGACCAGAUCUACCAUUUGGCGUGCCCGGCUUCUCCUGUCCAUUAUCAACACAAUGCCAUCAAGACGCUGAAGACUAACGUUAUCGGCACGCUGAAUAUGUGUGGUAUCGCCAAGAGGACAGGGGCACGUCUGCUUUUAGCAAGCACCAGCGAGGUGUAUGGCGAUCCCGAGGAGCACCCUCAGAAGGAGACUUAUUUUGGCAACGUGAACUGCAUCGGGACAAGGAGCUGUUACGAUGAAGGCAAGAGAGCAGCAGAGGCACUGUGUAUGGACUACCAUCGACAGCAUGGUGUUGAUGUCCGUAUCGCACGGAUCUUCAACACCUACGGCCCGAGAAUGAUGUUCCACGACGGUCGAGUUGUGUCUAAUUUCCUCGUACAAGCACUCCGUGGUGACAAGAUAACUGUCUAUGGUGACGGCACUCAAACAAGGAGCUUCUGUUUCGUGUCCGAUCUCGUCCUGGGGUUAUACCGACUAAUGGAAUGCGAGACAACGAUUGGGCCUGUGAAUCUGGGUAAUCAGAGUGAGUUCACCGUGGGUGAGCUGGCUAACAUGGUCAGAGAACUAGCGGCUACUACCGCGGAUAAACAUGAGUUGGAGAUAGAGUAUCGAACCCUACCUCAAGAUGACCCAAGAAGGCGACAACCGGAUAUCACGCGAGCUCAAAAGCACUUGAACGGAUGGGAGGCUAGGAUAACUUUAAAGGAGGGACUGAAGGCCACAUACAGGGAUUUCAAGACACGAGCUGAAGCUGAUGAAUCGGUGACGUUCGGAGUGUGGGACUGA